AGUUUACCUGCAGUGUCUCGGCCGGCGGCAUCCGUUCCGUUUCCCGCGAAAGGGUGAGGAAUAGUUGGGAGCUGAGCUUACCUGUGGCCUAGCCUAGCCCUGGCCCGGCCUGGGAGACGGGCAGCCAUGAGCCAACACGGUUCCCAGACGAUGUUGAGCCGGCGCUUUUCGGAACGGCGCUACCCCGCUCCGUCGCCCGGCAACUUCUCGGCCCGCAGCGACGGCGGCGAUGUCUUUCUGCCUCUGCAGCAUCAGUACGCCGGAGUAGGGGGGGGUCAACAUGUGUCCGGAGCCCAGAUGUACGGUUUAGCGGAAAGUAGAAGUGAGACGAACAACAGUAACUUCAGAUCCCGGACUCUACCGCAGUCAAAGUCCUCCCGCCCUCUCGAAGUCUACGAGGAAACGCAGUACGUCAGUGGGGAAUCGAUGAAGAAACGACAUGAUAUCAGCUAUGCAAUGACAGAAGAUUGUGCUACAAAACUUACUGAAACAGAGAAGUUGCUCCAACAGGAUUUGAAUUCUUUUGAACAUGGUCAGUUUGGGAGAUACAGGCACCUGAUUGAUGGAUUGUUGAGAGAUGCUGGUGAUGACCUAGCAAAUGUUGAAGACAACAUUGCCAUUUUACAGCAAUAUGGGUACCCUGCAGAAGCACUACAAGAUCGUGUGUUUCAUCUCCGAAAGCAGAUGCGUAUGAUUGCGAAAAAAAUAUCUGAUCGCUGGACUGUGCGUACCAAGUCAAUGUACAAUCUCAAUCAGAGAGAAUCCGGGUCCUGGGAUGAAGGGCUGUCAAGAUCGACCAAUGAGUUAUUCACCUGGAUACAACAGCAAAAGGGUCUCUUGGAUUCUCAAGAAUGGGGUGUGGAUGCAACCUCAGUAGAGCAACAGAUGAAUAAUCACAAAAGACACCAUAAGAGCCUCGAAGAUGGUCGCUGGAAAAUCGAUAAAAUCAAAUCAGAACAGCACGACAACUAUUCUAGCAACUAUAAGGAGGCCAUUGAAGCAAUAGAUAAUGAAUAUGAAAUUAUGAUGAAAGCUUCAGGUGACAGAUUUGAUCAACUGAGAAAGUUUCAGGACAUCAUUCAGUCCACCUCCAAUGAGAUCAUGUGGAUAAAUGACCGUGAGGAAGAAGAACUUGUCUUUGAUUGGAGUGAUAAGAACACAAACAUGAUUCAGAAGCAAGAAACAUUCUCAACGUUGAUGAGUCAAUUGGAAGAAAAAGAAAAGCAGUUAAACAGACUCAAACAAGAAGGUGACCAACUAGUAGCAAAGAAUCAUCCUGCAUCUGACAAAAUUGAGGCAUACAUUGAUACAUUGCAGACCCAGUGGAGUUGGAUUCUCCAGCUUACCAAAUGCAUAGAGGUUCAUCUGAAGGAGAAUUCCAAUUACUUUCAGUUUUUUGAGGAUGCGCAAGUAACUGAAAGCUCUCUGAAGAAAAUGCAGGAUUCCCUAAGAAAGAAAUACACCUGUGAUAGGUCAACAUCACUGCAGCAAUUGGAGAAAAUGAUUGCUGAAACUGAGAAAGAUAAGGAAAAAAUCCACGAAUACAAAAGACAGGUGUCAAACUUGGUUAACAAGUCGAAAAAGAUAGUACAGCUAAAACCACGCAAUCCAUCUGCUGGUCUUGAACGGGGUCCAAACCAAAUCAUUCUCAAGGCUCUUUGUGACUACAAACAAGAUCAGAGAGCUGUGCAAAGUGGAAAUGAAUGCAUUUUAUUAAAUAACUCGCAACGUAGCAAGUGGAGGGUGAUUGGACCAGGUGGAAUGGAAAUGGAGGUUCCAUCUAUUUGUCUUCUUAUCCCACCUCUAAAUCCUGGUGCAAUUGAUCUUGCAAACAAAAUUGAUCAGUACUAUGAGGCCAUCCUUUCUCUGUGGAACCAGCUGUACAUUAGCAUGAAUAGCUUGGUGUCUUGGCAAUACUGCAUGAUAGAUAUGGAAAAGAUACAGAGUUGGACCAUAUCCACGUUACGAACAAUGCCUCGUGAGGAUUAUGAGUUGGUCCUAAGAAGCUUAGAGAAGAACUUUAAAGCUUUCCAGAUGUACAGUAAGGAUUCGCAAAACUUCUCUGAUGCAGACAAGCGAAAAAUGGAAUCUGACUUUGGCAUCAGCAAGAAGUGCUAUUUGAACUUGGUUACAACAAUCGAGGGACAGAGAGUUACUGGGCAAGUGCCCAUUGUAGCUCCAACACAGGUGAUAAUGCCUACACAACAUGCAGCACCACCAAGGAUGGACAUGAAUUUCCAGCAAGAACUCCAGAAGAUACGUCAUCGUUUAGAGUUGAAUGAUAAUAAAAUGAUGGGAAAAAUACAUCUCCUCAUAGAUUCAAAUGCACAGGAGGAGUUUACACUGAGAAUAUCUGAGCUAGAGUCUCUGCAUAAUCAGUUGAAUACAAUUGAUGAUGACUUCAUCAGCCUUCAGAGUAGGUGGUAUAAAUCACCACAUGCAUCAGGCGAUGAGAAAGCAUACUUCGAAACAGAAUUUAGCCGAAUAAGUCAAAGAUUGAAGAGCGGCAGUGACUUUUCUUCAGCCUAUUUAGAGAGAAUGAAAGCAUUGAGAAUACUCUUUCAAGAUAUUCUGGAAGUGGAAGAUCUGAUAAAAGUUUAUGAAGCAAGACUAACAGAAGAGGAGACUGUCCCAAUGAGCCUGGAGAAAAUAGAAUCUUACAGACACACUCUGAAGGGAAUGAAGAGUGAACUGGAUCAGAAGAAGAAUUUGUUGACAUCGAUGCAGGGACAUUUGCAAGAAUCCCACCGUAUCAAUGAUUACAUAAUGCCAUCUUUCUACAAAUGUGAUAUAGAUAUUGCAAAAUAUAAUGAGAAAGUCACACAGCUGUCAGACCGAUGGCAGAGGAUCGACAAAGAAAUCGAUAACAGGUAUUAUGAUUUAGAUAAACAGCAUAAGCAGCUGAAAGACUACCAAGAUUUGUUCCAGAGGCUCAGUAAAUGGAUUGAUGUAACAAAACACAAACAGGAUGGGUUGCAAGUCAACAGAUACCAGGAUAUCAAUAUCCUUUCACAGCAGCUAAAUGAGCAAAAGAACUUGAACUCAGAAAUAAAAGAUAAACGAAGCGAUGUUGAUAAUUACCAAAGACAUGCAGACCACUGCGCAACAUCUGUAAAGGAUUACGAGCUACAGUUGGCAUCAUAUAGUGCUGGGCUGGAAACACUGCUCAAUAUUCCAGUCAAGAGGCAAGUGGCUCAAUCGAUUUCCACUACAAUUCUUCAUGAGUCUGCAGAUCUGCAGUCUCGUUAUAUAGAACUUCUUACAAGCUCUGGCGACUAUUACAAGUACCUAAGUGAGAUGCUAAAGAACAUGGAAGAAGUAAAGAUAAAAAACACAAAAAUAGAACUUUUGGAAGAGGCCCUUAAAAGUGCCCAAGAUGAGAAUGCUGAUAGUGUGCACCAGAAGAAGUACCUUGAUCAACACGUAAGCCAGGUUCAAACAGAGCAUACCAACUUCCGGAAAAACAUUUUAAUCCUCGAGGAACAGAAGAGAUCUGCUGAAACAGACCGCGAUGUCACGAAACACAAUCUGGAUGCACAGAUGAUCAAAAUAAAAGAAAUCAAUGAGAAGAUAACAAGGCUGACGUUUGAAGUUGAGGAGGAAAAAAGGAAGAGAAAAUUAGCAGAAAACCAAUGUGAUCAGCAAAAGGAGGAACAUGAAAGUGUUUACCGAAUUAAAAAGAAAGAGCUAGAUGAGGCCCACUGGCUGAAGUUGGAGCUCGAAAAAUCGAUCAAAGCGAGAGAAAAAGAGAUAGAAAGGCUUAAGGAUGCGUUGCAGGUGGAGUCCUCAAAAAGGCAACAAUUUGAUAGUGAGCUAGUUGGGAUUAGGGAAGGUUUUGAGAGGGAAAACACGAUAUUGAAGACACAGAUUGAAAGAGAGGUUCACAUAAGGCAAACCACAGUUGAAAAGUUGACCAUUAAGAAGGAAGAUGAUGUUGCAACUUUGAAUAUUCAGUUAGAGAAAGCUUUGAAAGAGAAAAAUGAUUUUAGGAUUGAAGUAGAUCGGUUAAGAAAUUCUGCCAGAGAAAUUGAAAUGAGUAGGAAUAGGGCAGAAAAGGAUGUUUUGCAACAGAAAUCAGCUAAUACUGAGGAAUCCAGAAAGAGGAGGACACUUGAACUAGAAAUUGAAACACUCACUAAAUUUAAAACCGAAGAAACGAUAAAGUUUAAAUCAUUUCGGGAGGAUACUUCCAAGGCUAUCCAAGACAAGGCAAAGGAGAUUGAAAGGCUAAAAAUCUUGUUAGAGGAAGAAGUAAAUAAGCGAAAGUGUUGGGAAAAUGAGAAUGAUAAAUUGAAACAAAUGCAAAUAGAUUUUCAGAGGAAAGAAGCAGAAAAACUAACUAUAAUUAGAACGACAGAGCAAGAGUUUACUGUUAUAAAGGUAGAACAUGAGAGAAUAUCUCGAGAAAAGGCUGGUUUGGAAAGAGAUAUUGCACGUCUGCAGAGCAGUAUAAAGGAGGCAAACAAUGCGAAAUAUAAGAUCGAUGAGGAAUUGAUACAGCUAAGAAAGAAUGUCCAUGAAGAAAGUUCAAAGAGAAGAAGUGCUGAAGAGGAGACUAAACGCUUUGAACAAAAGUGUAGGGAACAUAUAACUUCAAUUACACGGCUCACCAAUCAAAUUGAGGAAAUGUCAAUCUUAAAGCAGAAGGCUGUGAAUGAUCUCUCCCAGCAACGGAACGCUUUUGACAAACAACGUAAAGAGAAGGAUAUCAGCACCGAAGAGUUAAAUAGAUUGUAUACCGAUGUAGAAACGUUGCGCCGCCAGCUAAGUCAUGAGCAAGAAAAUUUGAGACAAGCACAUCAAAGAAACGAAUACUUGCAGAAAACCAUUGAAGAGAAAAGCAAGGCUUUGAAUGAAAGCACAAGUGAGAUAGAUAGACUGCGUUCAAUUGUGGAAAAUCUCACAAAAGAGCGCCUGAAACUAGAAGAACAAUUAAGAACGUUGAAGAUUGACUUUGAUGAUAUCCGGAAAUUCCAAAAUGAAGCUGAGGGGGAUAAAUCACAAACCAUCUCUACUCUUCGGCUGCAACUUGAACAAACUAACAGAAGAACAACUGACCUUCAAGGGCUAAUUAAUGAGUUAAAGAAUGAGAGGGAAAAGUUGAAACUGGAAGUUGAAUCAUUCCAAAAGCAGGCUCUAGAGGCAACUGAUAUGAUUAAGCUGACUCAUACUACUCAUAAAGGCAUUUUGCAAGAAAAGGAAUCUCUACUGUUGAAGAUAAAACUCUUGGAACAGGAUAAAUCAAGGCUUCAGCAUUAUCAAGAUGAACUAAGUCGAGUGAAGGCAUUGUUUGAAGCCGAGUCUCGCAUGAAGCAGCGAGUCCAGGAUGAAAUUGAAAUAGUCAGAACUGAUCUAAGCUACUGGAAGAGUCAGGUAGAAGCGCAACAGUUAGAAAAAGGAAAAUCAAGUGGUGAGUUCGAGCGUUUGAGAGCCGAACUAGAUAAAUUGCAAACAGAAUUGAGAAUGGCCGAGGAAAGAUACAGACGGAAACUUGAGGAAACUGAAAGAGCAAAUAGGAUGGAGCUAGAAGCUCUCCGUUCCAAAACCAAAUUAGAAAUUGAAAGGCUUAGCCAGACAUCACCAUCGUCUAACAAGCAAACUCAAACAGGUGAUAUGGUUGUGAUAGAUUCUGCAAAACUUCUGUUUGAUGGAAUCCGUAAAAAGGUUACAGCAAAUCAAUUGUAUGAUUGCCAGCUAAUUGAUAAAUCAACUUUAGAUAAACUGCUCAGAGGAGAAAAAACGGUGAUGGAUGUUUCAAAUAACAUUAAUUUGAAUCUUCAUGGGUUGGAGAAUGUUGCCGGAGUCUAUUCCCAGUCAAAUGGCGAAAAACUCUCAAUGACAGAAGCAUCAAAAAAGAAUAUUCUUACGCCUGAUGUUGCCGUAUCUCUUUUAGAAGCACAAGCGGCUACUGGAUUCAUCAUUAAUCCACACUCAAACAAAAAGAUGACUGUGGAUGAAGCUGUUGCCACAGGCCUUGUGGACCUCAAAGACAGAGACAAACUCCUGGUAGCAGAAAAGGCAGCAACUGGGUUUAAAGACCCAUUCACAGGAAAAUAUAUUUCAUUGUAUGAAGCCAUUAAUAAAAAUAUCGUUGACAAAGAGACAGGUCUUCGCUUGUUUGAGGCACAGAUUGCAGCAGGUGGAAUAAUUGAUUCGAUCAACAGUGUGUAUUUACCAAAAGAGCUUGCUUAUAAACGUGGGCUGAUUGAUGCUCAAAUGUAUCAAAAACUCACCUCUCCUUUUGAUGAAUCAAAAAUCUUUGUUGAUCCAAAUACAAAUACUAAAGUUUCCUAUCAGCAGCUCAAAUUACAGUGCAGAACCGAUCCCGGAACAGAUUUAUUACUUUUUCCAGUGCAGAAAUCAGAAAUAACAUUACAAGGAAUCAGAAAACCUGUUCCAUUACAAACUCUAGUGGAUGCUGAUAUUAUAGAUCAAGACACUGUCGACAAUCUUACAUGUGGAGUGCUGUCAGUAGAUGAUGUCACUGCCCGAUGUAAAGGCUACCUGCAAGGCAACAGUAGUAUUGCAGGAGUGUUUGUGGAAGCCACGCAGGAAACAUUGCCAAUCUACCAAGCAAUGAAGAGGGGUCUGCUCAGACAAGGCACAGCGUUAGAGCUACUAGAGGCCCAGGCAGCCACAGGUCAUGUAAUUGAUCCUAUCAAUAACCAAAUGCUGACUGUUGAGGAAGCUGUUGCCAAGAGACUUAUAGGUGUGGACUUCAAAAAUAAACUUAUUUCAGCAGAAAAGGCUGUUACUGGCUACAAAGAUCCAGGAACUGGGAACACCAUCUCACUGUUUCAAGCAAUGAAAAUAGGCUUGAUUGAACACUCUCAUGGUAUUCGGUUACUGGAAGCCCAAAUUGCAACUGGUGGAAUUAUUGAUCCAAAGCACAGCCAUCGUUUACCAGUUCCUGCGGCUUACAAGCGGAAUUACUUUGAUGAAGAAUUGAAUGAAAUUCUGGAGGAUCCAGGUGAUGACACCAAAGGGUUCUUUGAUCCCAAUACAGAAGAAAAUUUGACCUACCUUCAGUUAAAGGAACGGUGCAUUAAUGAUAAAAUUACAGGUCUUUGUCUGUUGCCUCUAAGGGAAAAGAAGAAAGAGCCCACAACUUCCAGGUCAUCUGCUGUGAGAAAGCGUAGAGUUGUUAUUGUGGAUCCUGACACACAGAAAGAAAUGACAGUACGUGAGGCAUACCACAAAGACUAUAUAGAUUAUGACACUUUCCUUCAACUUUCUGAACAGGAGGCAGAGUGGGAAGAAAUAACAAUUAAAGGAUCAGAUGGGAGCAUAAAAACAGUGAUUGUUGACAGAAAAACUGGGAAUCAGUAUGACAUUGAAGAAUCAUUGCAGAAAGGCAUAAUUGAUAAGAAGAGUUUCGACGACUAUCGGGCCGGAAAACUGACUCUUUCACAGUUUGUUGAUUUGUUCGCUGACAAGGUUAAUCCUAAUACAUCUAAAGUAAGCAAUGUAACAAGCAGUGGUCCAAUUCCAUCACCAAGUUUAAAAUCACCAUUGGAUUUUUUUGAGGAACCCACUCCCGUUGCAGCCAUCUUUGAUGUUGAAACAUUGGAAAAGAUAACAAUUUCUGAAGCCAUACGCCGCAAUAUUGUUGAUGCUAUUACAGGGCAGAGGCUGCUUGAAGCUCAGGCUAGUACAGGAGGUAUAAUAAAUCCUUCAAAUGGCCAAAGACUAUCCAUUCAAGAUGCGAUAAAUCAAUGUAUCAUUGAGGAAGACAUGGGAAAGCGAUUAAAACCAGCACAGAAAGCUUAUGUUGGUUUUGAUGACGUGAAGAACAAGAAAAGACUCUCAGCAGCAGAAGCAAUACAAGAGAAUUGGUUGCCACAUGAAGCUGGGCAACGGUUCCUUGAGUACCAGUGUGCCACAGGUGGUCUUAUUGUGCCAGAUGUUAUAGAGCGAAUGACCAUAGAUGAAGCAGUAAAGAGAGGGAUACUCACUGCCAGAGCAGGUCAGAAACUGCAGGAUAGCAGCAGUUACUCGAAAUGUAUGACCUGUCCGAAAACAAAAUUGAAGAUAUCGUAUAAAGAUGCAGUGGACCGUUCAAUGGUUGAGGAUAAAACUGGCCUUCGGAUGUUGGAAGCAACAUCAUUUUCUUCUAAAGGCAUUAACAGUCCAUAUAAUGCAGGUGGCUUCUCUGGACCAAAUUCCCGUUCAGGUUCCCGAUCAAGCUCAAGAAGUGGAUCAAGACGAGGAAGUUUUGAUGCCAGCUCUUCCACCCUUAUUAGUUCUACUCAAAUGACCAUUAAAUCCUCUAAUAUUACAUACUAAUAAUCAUUUAUUACACAUAUUCAAAUACAGUAGAUUUUCAAAAUGUGUUGAAGAUCUAAAUUUAUAUUAUUUUCAAAUGCUUUCUCAAUAUGUUUGAUUUAUACAUUGGUGCCCUGUUAAGAUCAAUAUCAGUUUGAUGCAAAACGUUAACUUGUGUUGAGAUUGAAUAUUCAAAUCCAAAUGUUGCUAAUAUUAUGAGGAAUUCAGUAUAAAACCUUUUACCAGAAGUGGCUGCUGUUUCACAGAGCAAACAUUAAGUGAAGCAGCUUUAAAGUGGCAAUGGAAUUUCGUUGCACAGUAUUGUGCAAUGACAAUAAACGUAUUCUAUUCUAUUCUAUUCUAAAAUAGUGCCGAAAAAGUGGUCUGUUAAAUGUCUCCAUUCUUAGGAUGGUUUUUAUUGUACAGCAGUGAUCAUGGAAUUAUUGUUUGUUUUACACUACGCUAGAAGUUUUCCAUAGAUAAAACUGAUUGAUCUUAAAUUGGCUUCAUUGUAUUUAUAUAAUCUUAUCAUGGGAUGUUUUAGCAGGUGGAAAGAAAAUUGUGCUUAAAGUUUAUUUUCUAUUGUUUUAAUGAAUAUAUAGUACUUGAUCAAAAAAUAAUCUGAAUUAAUGAAAAAUAUUAAUCUUUCAACAUGAAGCUUGCUCAAUUAUACGAAUAUGUAUUUUUGCUUGUCAUAAUAAAGUUUCAUCAUUUGAAAUAUC